CGGAGGGCGGGUGUUGCUAUUAUUGUGGGCGCAUUGAGGACCUUGUUUUCACCCGAGGCUAUGCCGUUCCUUGGUCAGCAGCUCGGAUGACUUGACUGAAAAGCGCGAGUACACUUGCAGUAAACUUCCAACUCAGUGCUUAUAUUUACUUAAGUGUUGGCUGGACGCGCCCCAAAGCUCGGACAAAAGAUAGAUUAGCUUCAGUCCUCCAGGAACAUUUUUGUUGAGCUGCGACAGUGUGUGUUCUGGUCAAGCAGAGGAACUGUUGACUCGAGUGUUGGCGGUGAAGCUCAAUAGACGUCUGACAACAGUUUCGUACUCUAACAAGGGGAAAAAUGUUGAUAUUUUGUAUUACUGUCGUCUUACAUUUUAUCACCAACCAGGUAUCGGCGAGCGUGUCCCUAGAGCUCAGUUCAAUUUGUCGCAGCGAGGGAAGGUUCCCAACGUCUAGAGAGUGUGAGGAGUAUGUGGAGUGCGUGGCAGAGAAUGAGGAAAAGGGAAACUCAUCCAUCAAUAGCUACUUUUACAGAUGUCCCACUGGUCCCUUUCACCCUACACUGGCCAGGUGUGUGGUUCAGUUUCAGGGACAGACUUGCCGAUCCCUGGAGAGUGAGGCGCUGAGAUUAGGCAAGAAGGAAAGGCAAGGAUCACUCCAUCGCUCGCCUCGCCACGAUCGUCUUUGUGUUGGGAGGUUGGGAUUUGCCUGUGCCUCAUGCACUGAGGUAGUGGUGUGUGCUGGACAAGAAGCUUUCCUCUCCACCUGUGCCUCUGAUAUGCGGUGCAUGUCUCAUGAUAAGUUUCCUGGAGGUGUGUGUUAUCCUCGAUGGCCGAAAGAAAAGUGCUCCUGCAAAGCCUCUGGACAGGUGAUGCCAGACAUCUAUGAUCGCACGACCUUCCUGCAGUGCUCGGGAAAAGACCAUUUUCCGAGGACUUUUUACUGUAAUAACAUGCAUAUAUUCGACCCUGAAACUCUGACUUGCAAGGCAGUCCCAGACGUGCCUGCUUGCUUCGCCACUGGUGUGUUCCCAGUGGAGCAUGCGUGCCGCUGGUACUAUAGCUGCAUGCCAACCGGCGCUGGUAAAUGGUAUCAAGAUUACUUCCUGUGUCCAGGAAACAAGGUGUAUAACCAGGCGAUGGCGGUGUGCGUUGACCCUCAGAGUUUGCCGGAAGGAAUACCAUGUAGCAGUAAGCGUAAGACGAUUAGUUAUAAAUGCAACUUUCUGCAGCUUAUUCUAGUGUUUCUCUUUCCAAAACAUAUCGCAUACAUUUGCUCUUCCACCUGAGCGGAGACUAGCCUGCCUAUGAUCCUUCCCUAAUCUUGGAAUGUCCCUUGUUACGAGGUUGGUUCUUGUAGGCAGCAAGCGGCUUCUAAGUCAGGAUGACCUGUCAGCCAGUUAUUGCCGCCGCAACGAUUCUGAGAAACCCUUAACGUGCCCUGCACGAAUAGACCAUCUGGCAGAGUGAGGCCGCGGUGUUGGAUACCUGUAUUUGGUCACCAUGUUCUAGCAAUAUGAGUAAUAUGCGGUGAUAUGAGUGUAAAUGAAUUAUGGUUUAUUUACUUUUGUUAUGACUCGGUGUGUGUGUGUGUGUGUGUGUGUGUGUGUGUGUGUGUGUGUGUGUGUGUGUGUGUGUGUGUGUGUGUGUGUG